AGCAGAGAAGGGGACAUGUUUUCCGCUUCCUGUGUUUACUUUCACUUCUUGCUCUUCCACUCUGUGUGGUUACUGUGUGUGGCUCCGUCGGCCAUGAACAGAGGAUGGAUGAGAUGAACUCUGGUGCAAGCAUUGCCGCGGCUCCUUCCGCAGACGUUCCUCCCGCAGACGUUCCUCCCCCUCUGAGCCAAGGUGAGACUUUCCAUGUCUUCAUCAGCUACAGCAGCACCGACUACCAGUGGACGCACUCCCUCAUAAGCACGCUGGAAUCACACGGCCUUCGCGUCGGCUACCAUGAGCGCGAUUUCACGGCGGGGCGCACCGUGCUAGAGAACAUGUCGGAGUGCAUCCAGGAGAGCCAGAAAGUCCUGCUGGUCCUCAGCUCGGAGUUCGUGAGGAGUCGCUGGUGUCUGCUGGAAGCCAACAUGUCUCUGUUCAGAGACUGCCUGCAGAGGAAGCCCAUCGUCCCUGUGCUUCUGGAGCCGGCGGUCUGCGUCCCGCUCCACCUGUGCCACCUCACCUACCUGGAGGCCCACGACCCAGAGUUUGAGGCCAAGCUGGUAAAGGUGUUUUUCACCCCCAACCGGCAGCUCCAAGGCUCCACGGUGGUUCCCUACCAGCCUCCGUCCAUCUACAACGGGAAGGCCCUGCAGCCUUUAACUGCUGCUAAUGUGGAAAGUCUUUACAAGUGGGAUGCGGGGCAGUUCAGUGACAUGGACAUACCAGACCAACUGCGGUUGAUCAUCGAGGACCAAGGGAAGUACAGGGAGGCCAUUGGCAUCAUCAACAGUGUGUCUCCUGAUAAAGUCUGGCUGCGGCCACUCUGGAUCAGGGUUCUGCUCUACUUUACUGGUGUGAUAAUGAUUCUGUUAUUAACCGGAAUGUUUUUGUACUCGUCAGCGAUCUUAUUCAGUAAUCUUUGGCCUUCUAUUCCCAUCUACGUUCCUGCAGGAGAGUGGGCCUUAAUCAUCCUAUGUUUCUACUCCGUUCCAAUCGGAUUGCUCAUUCACAUUUCCCUUUGGAAGAACGACGACGAGAAGCUUGUUGUGAGGGAAAUGCAAAAAGCUGCUGGUCAGGCCAAUGCAAUCCUCUGCAAGGAGAAGCUCCUGAUGGGCUGUCGGUCCAAUUCGAUAAUGUAUCUGGUGUAUGUUUCUCUGGAUGGUUGCAAAGGGGAGCUUGCGGCGACAUUUGAGCAUCUGGCCAGCACGGAGGAGCUUUUUAAACUAGCUCUGGUCAUGUUCUCAUCAGGUUACGCCUGUUGUCUUGCAAAAAGGCACUUCCCCUUUCCUCAGCCGUGCCCCUGGCCGGGUCACCUGGAGGGAGGGGUGUGUUUUUGCCAGUAUGUUUCUCAGCAACUGAGCCAAGGGGAAUGGAAGUGAGAGUACUGAAGACUCCAAAAUCUCGUGCCAUGUAUUUGGGGUCUUCAGUGCAGAUUGCUCGACUUAAUCCACCAUUACAUUCAUUAUCACACCGUAACGCUCUUUGCACGUAACAGUUUGAGGUCAUAUCUGCUGUGGAUAAUAUGGUUUAUCCUUUUCCCGUUUCGCGCAGUAUGACAGCUGCGUAUUUAUCGUAAAUAAAAUAGUAAAUAGCUGAGUAUGAGACCUAAACUAGAUGGGUUUUUUUUUCAGAGUGCAGCACAAACAUGAAUAUUGUUGUGUUCCAAUGUGCACAUCAUUUUCCUAGCGUUUUAAGGUACCAUGGAUUUCCAACUGAUGUUGAACUCACUCAUGAUUACCGUACGUGUAUUGCUCAGUCCCAGGACCUGCUUUUCUGGACACUGCAGCACAUGAAAACAUUAAAUUUCAAGGAUGAAAAUACCCUUUUAAGAAAGAAAUUAGGGAACUAAAAAUUAACUCAACAUUUGGAUUACAAAGAUCUGCUGGAUCAAUAACAACUUUCAUUUCUAUACAAAAUGGGGAAAAGCUACCCAUAAUGUUAACUUGCCUGACAUUUACACUGAGGUUUUUCAUGCUCCUUCAUGGAUCUGAAGCAGAAACCGUGUACAGCCACUCCGUCCGUCGUGUUUAUCUGACAACAAUAAUGUAAAACUGAUUUUUUAAAAUGACUUCUUAAAUAUAUACAUAACAUCCAUCCAUCCAGCCAUCCAUCCAUCCAUCCAUCCAUCCAUCCAUUUUCAACACCGCUUAUCCUGGUCAGGGUCACGGGGCGCUGGAGCCUAUCCCAGCUGACUUCGGGCAAAAGGUGGACUACACCCUGAACUGGUCGCCAGCCAGUCGCAGGGCACAUAUAGAUACAGACAACCAUUCGCACUCACAUUCACACCGUCACUGAGUGGGAACUGAACCAACGCGGCCCACACCAAAGUCAGGCAAGUGUACUACACCAUCAGUGACCAUAUAUAACAUAACGUUACAUAUUUAGAUACUUAAAUAACUGAAAAUGUUCAUACUAACAGUACAUUAUGUGCAUAUAAGUAUAUUGAUAACUAUCUUCCUGGUGUACUGGCCUGUCUCCUGGUAUCUAAUCCACGCUCUUGACUAUUUAAAUUACACUUGUGUGUUGCCUUUAAUUUUUUUUAACAGUGUAUAUAACGUAUUAACGCAGAGGGAUCAAUAGCCUUACUUUCUCUUAAUGAGGUAACAAAUAUCUACAGUAUUUUGUUGCUCUCUGAUUAAAAUCGGACAUUAUACUACAACAUACUCUUUAGGGUUUAAGACUGAAGAAUGACUUGAUGUCUAAAACCUUCCACUUCUCUGCCCUGAUGAACACCUUUGUUGUUUGGCAGUGUCGAUGAAAACUAGCCGUUCAGCUAACUUGGGUGCAUUUACAUGUAUUGAAAUGUAAAUUACUGUACACUGUAAAAAAAAUCGGGUCAUUUAUCUUGCUCCAUACAAAUAAAUCUCCCAAGCA